AUGAUAUCGAUUCGCUUGUUCUUCUCAAUCUGUUGGGUAUUGUGCGUAGGUGUCGGAGCACAUCCCAAACAGUGGUACCAUCUGGACUCAAAAUAUGAAGGAGCGACAUUUUUCAGUGGAUGGCAAUUUUUCACUGAUCCAGAUCCCACUCACGGUUAUGUUACAUAUGUCGACGAAAGAGAUGCGAGGACAAUUCAACUCAUAAAUGCAAAUCCUUAUGGAUCAGUAUAUAUGGGAGUAGCUCAUACUACUCUUUUAGAUCCUGCUGGCCCGGGACGAAAAAGUGUACGUAUAAUGAGUCAGAAAUCAUGGACACAUGGAUUGUUUAUUGCAGAUAUUUUGCACAUGCCUGGUGGAACUUGCGGUACCUGGCCAGCUUUUUGGUUGCUUGGCCCAGACUGGCCGAAUAAUGGGUAUAUUUGUUUCCAAAAUGAAAACUUUAGCAAAGUUUCUAACUUACAAUCAAGGGAAAUUGAUAUCGUCGAAGGCGUCAACCAACAGAUUGACAACAUAAUGACUCUCCAUACCUCGGCAAAUUGUACCAUGCCAAACAAAGACAACGCACAGCUAGGUACGAUGAAUAGCAAUCAAUGUGAUGGCACUUUGAACAACUACGCUGGCUGCGGCUCAACAGCUCAAGUUGGAGCAUCUACCUAUGGUAAAUCUUUCAACUCCAAUGGUGGCGGCAUCUACGCCACGGAAUGGACCUCAGAUUAUAUCAAAAUUUGGUUCUUUCCCCGAGAUAGCAUUCCGUUUGAUAUCAAAAGAGGGCACCCAGAACCCAGCUUCUGGCCAAAGCCUCAAGCAAUAUUCCAAGGUUCUUCUUCCUGUGAUAUUGACAGCCAUUUCGCGAAUCAAAGCUUAGUAUUUGAUACUACUUUUUGUGGAGACUUUGCAGGAGGCGUUUGGGGAAAUGAUGGUGGGAUCUGCAGCCAAGGGGGAUCGUUGACUUGCGAACAAUUUGUGGCGGAAAAUCCAGAUGCCUUUGGAGAUACGUACUGGCUAAUUAACUCAGUCAAGGUCUAUCAAUUAGAAAAACUUCCAAUGGAUCUGCGCAUGCCGGCAAGCACAAGUACAGAUACACUUAAAGUUUGA